GCGAGAAAUCUCAGAUCAACGCCUUGGCGUUAAAGGGAUUCGCCGCUGUUCAACGUUCAACUCUAGUGCAACGUAUUUCCAGAAAGUAGCGAUAUUACCCGCAGGUGUGAAGUGAAUCUUGGCGUUAGGUGAAGGGUGGCAGCGUGCUGAUUGAAGCUCAAACGUUCAUCUUCCACGUGGUUGUAGUUCUGUGGUCGAACUUUGAACAUCUUUCUCUGUCUCGCGAUUGGGCUGCAUCCAGUCAGCGAAAGCUAGAGAUCCCCACAUAGUGGUAUGCUUGCAUCCCGCACCUGCCUCCUCCGGAACGAAUAGUCUAAUGUUUACUGACUGCGCUAUGACCAGUAUUCAUUGUUUGCCGAAGGGAUCCCAUUGUUCGACUAGCCGAGUGUGGUUCGACUCAGGUGGCCCCGUAUAAGUAGGUUCAGGGCUUCGUUUCUCGACUCCGCCUGCUGACGCGCCAUCUCAGGCUAACACAAACUCUGCGCGGCCACAGGAAAUUCUUGAGAACAAGGGAGAUCCCACACCCCGCGUUUUCAAGAUCUCAACUGCUCAAUCUCAAUUCAGAGACCCCAAUCAUCGCCUCCUGCAAGCUGUCGAGAUGGUUGACAAGUGGGGUGAAAUCGAAUUUGAGAACAUGAUGUCCGAAUAUGUCUCUGGUUUAAAUCCCACUGAGGAUGAACUGAAAACUUUCGCCAAUUUUGACGGAAUCGAGGAUUCUGAAUUUACGGGACCUGAGAGUCGUCUUUAUGGCCCUUUGUGUCGAGUAAUCAACUCUGUGCUGGGCCCUUCAAUGACAUGUAAGGAGACUGCCGAAUUUCCUGAAGAAAGUAGGACACAGAAGCGCAAGAAGAACAAGGCACCCGCCUCAAAGGAAGAAAAAUUACAGGACGAACAUGCUUUCCGACUUAAGCCUGACCUGACCAUCUUCCGAAGUAGCGCAGAGGCGCAAUACACACUGACGAAUAAAGAAAAAAAAGCCAGUGCGCAGACCAAAGAACGCCUUCAGCACGCCGGAAGGACUUCCUGGCACACUGCCAUUGGUCUUGGAGAAGGCAAGACCAACAUCAAUGCUACGCCAUUCCGUACUGGUAAUGGCGGUCCCCUCCUUCGCGACAGCAAGGACGCACACGAGACGAGAGGACAAAUGGCGCAAUAUGCGGCAGAGCUCAUGCUCCGUCAACAUCGUCAACAUGUUUUCUUUGUAUCUUUUUUUCAAGACACUAUGCGUAUCAUUCGAUGGGAUCGUAAUGGGGCUCUUGUUUCGACACCAUUCAAUUACAAGCACAAUCCUGAAAAGCUUUGGCUCUUCUUCUAUCGCAUUAGGAGAAUGAAUGAUGAGGCCCUUGGCUUCGAUACUACUGUUCAUCCUGCUGAAGAAGAAAGGGUCAAAGAAAUGAAGGCGUAUGUCGCAGAUUACAUGAAGAAUGAGCAAAACUCUGAGAAGCUCAAGCCGUUCGUGAAGAAAAUCUUUGAAGAUGAUUGGCCAAUAUUUUGCAUGGAGGUUCCUAACGGAGAUGGAAUGAAACAUGUCUACAUUGGAAAACAUCUGGCUGGACAUCGUUCUACGACCGGUCGGGCCACACGGGGUUACAUAGCUUAUGAUCCUAGCCAUUUGGACCCGAACACUGGGAAGGCGGAACCUCGACUGGUUUUCGUAAAGGACACCUGGCGCCCCGAUACAGACAAGAUCCAUCCGGAGCUAGAAGUCUAUGCGAAACUUCACGCCGCUAACGUUCCCAAUAUCGCAACAGUAGUCUGCGGCGGUGAUAUUACUGUCGGCGGAGAGGCACAGCGAACUAGAACCCAAGAAGUUCUCGUUAAAUUUCUGCCUCGCAUUCACUACCGAUUAGUGUUCAAGGAAGUAGGGCGACCUCUUGACACAUACAGUGAGUCUGUCGAGAUGAUACAGUUUGUUGGAGAUGCGAUAGAAGCGCAUCGGGGGGCUUGGUUUCUCGCUGGUGUAUUGCAUCGCGAUAUCAGCGAGGGAAAUGUUCUGAUCAACGACACACCGGAAGACUCCUUAAAGCCCAAGGCCUUCCUAAACGAUUGGGAUCUCUGCAAAUAUCAGGAUGAAAUUGACGAUGAAGCCACACAAAUCUAUCGUUCUGGUACUUGGCGGUAUAUGUCCGCUCUCCUUCUCAACUAUCCCACCAAGCGACAAGUGGUAUCAGAUGACCUGGAAUCUUUCAUUCACGUUGUUAUCAUCCUUGUUCUUCGUCAUCAUGAUCAUACACGCUCUUGCAAGGAUCGCCGCCUGGCCUCUUCAAGUAUAUGGAGACUGUUUACGAUCACUGUGAAGUUUCCGAAGAAGGACAUCACAUUGGUUCCUUGAAGAAGCGCGAUGUGAUUUUAACUGGUUCUCUGGAGUUUGAAGUCCUCAACAAUCCGAAUUUGGAUCUCUUCGUCAACACUCUGUUUGAGCUAUGCAGCCGGCACUAUAAUGCUCUCAACUUCAAUAAAUUCCAAGAGCCUAC